AUGGACAAUCAGAUCAGUGGCAAGAACUGGAAAGACUUUAGUGGGGAGAAGAACUGGGAGGGUCUUUUGAAACCUCUCGCCAGAGAACUCGGGAUCUUUAUAAAUAUCUGUGGUGAAGGAAUUCAAGCCAUCUAUGACUUCGUGCAUAAAGAUAAAGAAAGACGUCCCACCCAUGAAGGGGAAGAUUUAUUUUCCGAACUACUUGUCACGGAAACAGACGACUUUGGCAAGUUAUACACUGUGACCGAUUAUUUAUAUGCAAUGUCAGAUGUUGUUUCCUGGAUCGACUGGAUUGUUAAGGACCGAUAUGCUUGGAUAGGUUACGUGGCUGUGGCCACAGACGAAGGAAAGGAGGUGUUAGGAAGGAGAGAUAUCAUGAUUUGCUGGAGAGGAACUAUUCAUAUGGCCGAGUGGUUAAAAAAUCUUCAAGCUAAUCAAAUAUCAGCUUCAAAAAUUUUCCAGAACAUGGAUGAUAUACUUGUGCACGAAGGAUUUCUCUCCCUCUACACUUCGCCAGAUAGUGAAACUUCUAGCAAUAUUUCAAGUGCCAGAAACCAGGUGUUGAAUGCAGUUAAUAAACUGCUAAAUAAACCUGAGUAUAAGAACGAGGAAAUCAGUAUAACAGUAACAGGUCACAGUAUGGGCGCAGCGCUUGCAACACUAAAUGCAGCUGACAUAGCUGCCAAUAAACAUAAUGAGCGCACAGGGACAGGGUCAAACGAAUGCAUGGUCACAGCCAUCGUGUUUGCAAGCCCUAAGGUUGGAAACGAAGGAUUCAGGAAAGUAUUCAAUAUACAAAGCAAAAAUCUUCAUCUCUUGCGUAUCGAAAACAGAUUGGACAUUGUUACUGAUCUUCCUAUUAACCCUUCAUACAAAAAGGUAGGAGUAAAGUUAAAAAUCAAGAGUCACAAGUCAGCAAUAUUGAACUUAAGCGACGGGCUUCAAAGUUAUGAUAUUCUACCUGAGUCGCAUACCUUGGAGCAGUACAUGGAAGGAGUUCGAGAUUUAUCUGUAAAUUCCUCCCUUCGCGACCGGGAAGAGCCCGGAAAUUGCAUUUUCUGGAUAAUUGAAGCUUUGUUUAUUGUAUUGGGUUGUUGGUGA